AUGAACCUAAAAACCCACGCGUACGCAAACAACCCAUUAAGAUCCAAAACCCCAAAAUCAACCUCCUCCUUCUCACCUUCCUCUGCUUUCAAAUCCCUAAAAACCCUAAUCCCACUAAUCCCCAAUCACCAAACUCCUUCCCCUGAUUUCAAAAUCCUUCCUUUCAGCAAAGGCCGCCCCUUAGUCUUCUCCACCAACCAAGACGACGCCUCCACGACGCCUCUCUGGCAUCUCGGAUGGAUCACCUUAUCCGAAUGCAAGACUCUGUUACCGAAUCUCGACGAGAACUCGCUUGUGUAUUUAGGACACAAAGAGGAGGAAGAUUUGGUCUAUUGGGCUGUUGAUUUGUCUUCUGAACAAGAACACGGCGUCGUUUUGGAGUUGGGGAGUAAGAAGCUCUGUUUCGUCGAGGUUAGGACUUUGAUGGUGGCUGCUGAUUGGGAGGAUCAACGAGCUAUGGAUGAGUUAGCUGUUGCAGGACAUGCGAGAGCGUUACUUGAGUGGCAUAAAGUGUCACGCUUUUGUGGAGCUUGUGGAGGUUUAACUGUUCCGAAGGAAGCUGGGAGGAGAAAGCAAUGCUCUAACGAGGCUUGUGGAAAGCGGGUUUAUCCUCGGGUUGACCCGGUGGUUAUAAUGUUGGUUAUUGAUCGAGAGAAUGAUCGUGCGCUUUUGAGUAGACAAGCUAGGUUUGUGCCGAGAAUGUGGAGUUGUUUAGCUGGAUUUAUUGAGCCAGGGGAAAGCUUAGAAGAGGCUGUGAGGCGAGAGACAUGGGAAGAGACUGGGAUUGAAGUAGGAGAAAUUGUCUAUCACAGCUCUCAGCCUUGGCCUGUGGGACCAAGUAGCAUGCCAUGCCAAUUGAUGUUGGGGUUCUUUGCUUUCGCCAAGACUCUUGAUAUAAACGUAGACAAGGAAGAGUUAGAAGAUGCUCAAUGGCAUAGUAGAGAAGAUGUGAAGAAAGCAGUGUCGUUUGCAGAGUAUAGAAAGGCACAAAGAACAACGGCUUCAAAGAUAGAGCAGAUGUGUAAAGGUGUGGAGAGAAGCCAGAGUCUAUCCACUGAUUUCAAUGUGGAAAGUGGUGAGCUGGCUCCUAUGUUCAUCCCGGGUCCAACUGCCAUAGCUCAUCACCUGAUCUCAACAUGGGUUGAUCAGGGCUCUGGUAAUGCUCACACAAAGCAACAAGCUGGUGUCUCUCUCUCAAGCCUCUAG